AUGGUUAGAACUUGCCUGUACAAAGCGAGGUGGAUCCAGAGUACUCAGGUGAACAGAAAAUUUUCAGGAAGACACAGCAGACACCCCUUCCUUUCGUGUUUUUGUUUUGAGAACUGGAUUUUUGGAAUCUCAGCAGCGUUUCAGUACCUAAAACAUAUUGACUUUGAGAUGUUUCGUCUAAGUGGUGGAAGAGUCCUUCUGAGAUCGGUCAACACUAUCGGUAGACGUACUUAUGCCGAGGCCGCUGGUGACUUUUUGAAGCUGCAGUUCGCGCUACCUCACCAGACGCUAUUUGCUGGAUCCAAGGUGACACAAGUUAACUUGCCAGCGCAAUCUGGACAGGUGGGUAUCUUGGCCAACCACGUUCCUACCGUGGAGCAGCUUUCCGCCGGCGUUGUUGAAGUUUUCGAAGGCAGUUCUUCCAAGAAGUUCUUUGUCUCUGGCGGUUUCGCUACUGUUCAGCCAGACUCUACCCUGUCGAUCAACUCAGUUGAGGCAUUCCCUCUAGACUCCUUCUCGCAGGAGAACGUUAGGUCUCUGGUUGCCGAGGCUAACAAAAAUGCAUCUUCCUCUGACGAGAAGGUUGCCGCUGAAGCGGCCAUUCAACUCGAGGUCCUGGAGGCUUUGCAGGCUGCUCUGAAGUAA